AUGUCCUCCGAUUCCGAGCCCGAUGAGGAGCUUAUGUCCUCGCCAACCGCAGAGGAGCCUGCUUUCUAUCGAAUCUUCACUACAUCCUUCAACAAGCUGGAGGAGCAGAGCGUCUUGCAGAAUGGACGAGAUGACGGCCGCGAUACACAAAUCGACUCUCUGCAGACACUGAACAAAUCGCUGGUGAACGAUGUCAAGAAGAAGGAUCAGGAGAUUGAGGCUCUUUGGAAGGUCAUUGUCCAAGAGCAAGAACUCUUGCCCAGCCAGCAUCGCGACAUCACCAAUGACAGACCGAGCGGUACCAUGAUCUCAGCCGACGCCGGCAACCUCGAGCCUCGAGUCCCUUUCCAAGGCAAGCGUGGAUUCACUGGGCAAGAAUUCUUGCCAGGCCAACACCGAGACACCGCUGGUUGCAGUUCGAAACGUCGUCCCUCCAUUCACGAAGGCGAGCGAAGCAGAUCCGACCCAAAGAGGAAGAGACGUUCGUCAUUGAGUAUGCGGCCUACCAUGAUUAAGGAAGACUCAGACAUUGAAGCAGAGAUUGAGCGAGGGAGUGAAGCGGAGAGUGAGCGAGGAAGUGAAGCUCAGGGUGCAACUGAGGUGGAGGGCGAGCCGGGAAGUGAAGUGGAGAGUGAGCGAUGGAGUAAAGUAGAGAGCGAGUCGAGAAGUCAGGCGGUAAGUGAGCCUGGAGGCGAUGUCAGAAGCAACGCGAUGUCGAGUUCAUCGGAUCCCAAUGCUCACAUGAAACCACAGAACGAUCGAAGUGCCAGUCCACACGGCCACGAUACCGACACGGAGUCGACAGUCGUCAAGGACUCCACGACUACGUCUGACGACAAGGUGGUCCUCUUCGACGACUUCAGCCCAGCCAAGGAGUCCAGUGUAGACUCGACCAGUAACGACGUGGCAGAAGCUGUCGACUGCCUCUUCUUCCACGAGAGCGACAACGCGAUUGGUUUCCUGCCGUUCCCCGAAUUCCUCAUGACCCACUGGGAGAAGUGGGAGAAGGAGAGCGAUGCCAACAUUGAUCGCCGUCGUGCGAAAGAUCCGCAUUAUGAUGCCGCCGAGGCGUGGACGAGGAUUGGCGGCUGCAUUUCUCAGCGUAUGCACAAUACCGAGACGGUCUUCGCGGUGAACAGCCCACAUGAGAGUGUGUGCCGCGUGUGCUUCAAUUCCCGGCGGCUUUGCCUUCGCUGGCGCGGAAGCGAUGAAAAGUUGUGCUUCGUGCCGUUACCAGAGAUCCUGAGAUUGGGUGUCACCCCCGACAGCGCGGAUUACUGGAUCUACCCUGGCACGAGUAAGAACAGAGGGGUGGAAAAGAAGUACGGCAAGAUAUGGGAGGUGAAGGGCGCGAAGCUUGUGGGCAGGUAG